AUGAAGAAGUUGGGAUUAUUUAUAUCGAUCUAUCUGCUCCAAUGUAUCUACGUCAAUGGGCAAAUCCAUUUUGCUGGUAGCUGCCCUAACCCCACUCCUAUGGAAGAUUUCGAUAUUGUAAAAUUUGCAGGUAAAUGGUACGAGAUAGAAAGAACUUUUUCUAUUUUUGGAUUUCCGUGGAAUUGUCCGACAACUCAAAUUACAAUAACGGGAGAAGGAGUAGAAAUGGAACGAGGAGUCUUCGCUUCUACGUUAAGCGCUAAUCACUAUAAUCGAAUUGCACUAGCAAAACUGAACGUACGAGACAGAAGGCAACCAGCAAAAAUGGAGUUCAGAAUGCCAGGAAUUACUGAACCGAUAAAGUAUUACAUAAUGGAUACAGAUUACGACAAUUACACGUUAGCAUGGGGUUGUUACGAGGCGAGUAAUUUGAGAGGGACAUUCGGACAUUUUGAAUAUAUUUGGUUAUUGUCGAGGACACCAAAAAUGGAUACGGCCGUUCAGCAAGAGUUAUAUACAUUGAUGGACGAUAGAGGAAUUCGUAGACUACGUUUGACCAGAAAUAGAAUGGAUAACUGCGAAGAAAAAGUGAAUUAAUUUAUUAAAAUCCACUUUAUAUUUAUUUAUUUAUAAUUAAAAUUAUUCACACGUUUCUUACUGAAUGGUAUAAUGAUAUAA